GACUUCUGAUUUUUUUUUUUAUUUUUAAGCCAAAAGAAAGUGGCGUAGCUUUAUGCUCAACUUAUUUUAAUGAAAGGAAUUAAGAGCAAACUACCGCAACCUUUUCUCAAUUUCUUGGCUGAGAAUGGUGUUGACUGUUCUGUAUACGAACUUGCUAAGGAGAAUCCCCGUUAUAUAAGGUUGCGCGCUGGUGAAAAUGUUUCACUAGAUGAUCUUGAAAAAGCUUUCAAUGCUACCGUAAUUCAAGUCCCUUGGUUACUUUCUUUUUAUGAACUACCCAGCAAUGUAAAAAUAGCUAGCUCUCAACUAUAUAAGGAAGGCAAGAUUUAUGGAAUCGAUUUGAGUUCUGGUGCGGCUGUAUACGCUUUAAAUGUUCAGAUUGGGCAUCAUUGUUUGGAUCUUUGCUGUGCUCCCGGCGCUAAACUUUGCAUGCUUUCGGACGCCGUUGGAAAACUAGGAUCUGUCACUGGUGUAGAUAUCCAUGCACAGCGUCUGUCAAGCUGUAGAGGAGUUCUAAAUAAGUACAAACACUAUAACGUAAGGCUUUACAACUGUGACGGGGCUAAUUUUUCCAUACCCGCUCCAAACCAACCCCCGAGAUUCAGCUUCCCUCAUGCUUUUCCCGAGAAAGCUCAACCGCUAACAAUUUUUUAUCUUCCCUCUGCUUGGGGCCCCACAGGCUUAUCAUCCGGCUUCUAUGACAGAGUUCUCGUUGAUGCAGAGUGCACCCAUGACGCGUCUAUCAAGCACGUGAUCAAGUACGAAAAGUGGGGGUGGGACUCCUUUGAACGGAGACUGUUUACCCCCGAAAGGCUUGCUUCUCUUUGCGCCCUUCAAAAGCGUCUUCUACAGCGCGGGUUUGACCUUUUGAAGACUGGCGGUUUUUUAGUGUACAGUACCUGUAGUUUUUCAGUAUGUCAAAAUGAAGAGGUUGUCAAGGACCUACUCGUUAAUAACAGGGACGCCUUCUUAGUAAAGAUCGAAGUCCCUAACUUGCCGGUAGAACUUCUUAAUCAAGGAAACACAAACGACGAAGAAAUUAGAACUAAAACCAUACGUUUUGACCCCGUGACCUCAAGAACCAGCGGGCUGUUUAUAGCAAAAGUAAAGAAGCUACCAAGCCAAGUCAAACCUUAA